UUCGAUGCCAUCGACAUGGCCUGGCCCUACUUCCUGGACUGCGAACGCUACUUCGCCAGGGACGAGGAGGGCUGCUUCAACCCCCUGCAGCAGCUGCGUGGAGAACUGGAGGCGGAGGAAGUGCCGCCUCCGGGCCUGCCGCCACCCCCCAUCCGCUUCGUCCACCACUCCUACGCUCAGAUGGUGCGCGUGCUGAAGGGGACUGCGGCCCGCUGCGCCCACAUCUCCACGACCUACAGCAUCGGGCGCAGCUUCAACGGCAAGGAGCUGCUGGUCAUCGAGUUCUCGGGCCGCCCUGGACAGCACGAGUUGAUGGAGCCCGAAGUGAAGCUCAUUGGCAACAUUCACGGCAACGAGGUGGCCGGCCGCGAGAUGCUCAUCUACCUGGCCCAGUACCUGUGCUCCGAAUACCUGCAGGGCAACCUCCGCGUCCAGCGCCUGCUCAACACCACUCGCAUCCACCUGCUGCCCUCCAUGAACCCAGACGGCUACGAAGUGGCAGCUGCUGAGGGUGCUGGAUACAAUGGGUGGACAAGCGGGAGGCAGAACGCGCAGAACCUGGACCUGAACCGCAACUUCCCCGACCUAACGUCUGAGCACUACCGGCUGGCAGGGGUGCGAGGCGCACGCACUGACCACCUGGCCAUCCCCCAGCACUACUGGUGGGGUAAGGUGGCCCCAGAGACGAAGGCGAUCAUGAAGUGGUUGUGGGCCGUGCCCUUCGCACUGUCCGCCAGCCUCCAUGGUGGCGACCUCGUGGUAUCCUACCCCUUUGACUUCUCCAAGCACCCCGAGGAGGAGAAGAUGUUCUCCCCGACACCCGAUGAGAAGAUGUUCAAGCUGCUGGCCCGAGCGUACGCGGAUGUGCACCCCAUGAUGACGGACAAGUCGGAGCAGCGCUGUGGGGGGAACUUUCUUAAGAAGGGGGGUAUCAUCAACGGGGCCGACUGGUACAGCUUCACCGGAGGCAUGUCCGACUUCAAUUACCUACACUCCAACUGCUUCGAGGUCACGGUGGAGCUGGGCUGCGUCAAGUUCCCGCCCCAGGAGGCGCUCUACACCCUCUGGCGGCACAACAAGGAAUCGCUGCUCAGCUUCGCGGAGAUGGUGCACCGCGGCAUCAAGGGCGUGGUGAUGGACAAGUUUGGGAAGCCGGUAAAGAACGCCCGGGUGGCUGUGAAGGGUCUCCGCCAUGACGUCACUGCAGCUCCCGACGGUGAUUACUGGAGGCUGCUGCCCCCGGGAACCCACAUCGUCAUCGCCCAGGCCCCUGGCUACUCCAAGGUCAUCAAGAAGGUCACCAUCCCCGCCCGCAUGAGGACGGCCGGCAGGGUAGACUUCAUCCUCCAGCCUCUGGGGGUGGGGCCCAAGACACUCCUCCCUGGGCCCCAGAGAGGGGCCCUGGGGGCCGACGGCCUGCAGGAAGGGCUCCCCGGGGUACGGAGGCAGCCCCCCACCCAUGGGGGCAAGCCCUGGUGGUGGUCUUACCUUAGCUCGCUGAGCCCACACAAACCUCGCUGGCUGCUCAAGUACUAG